AUAGGAACUUCAACAGACACUUAAAACUAGCAAUGUUUACUCGAUCUUUAGCCAAUGGACAAAAAUGUAAUAGGAAAUGGCUUCUAUAUUCACCUAGUGAAGGAUCUGUAUAUUGUUUUGUUUGUAAAUUGUAUGGAAGCAAUCGAGAAAAUCCCUUUAUUUCUGGUGGUUUUGACAAAUGGAAAAAAUCUGAACGGAUUGGCGAACAUGAAAAUAGUCUUCAACACAGAAAUGCUACCAAUAAGUGGUUAUUAAGAUCUAAUACCAACAACUCAGUUAAUAAAGAAUUAUGUCGUCAAAUUUCUGCUGAAACAAAUUAUUGGUUUGAAGUAUUGAAGAGACUUGUAUCUGUCAUUACAUUUUUAUCGUCUAGAGGCCUUGCUUUUCGAGGAAAGGAAGAAAAGUUCAAUAGUCAACACAAUGGAAAUUAUCUGGGCCUAUUAGAACUUAUUUCAGAAUAUGAUCCUUUCUUAAAGGCUCAUAUUGAACAGUAUGGAAAUCAAGGAAAAGGCAACCCAUCAUACCUUUCAAAAACCAUUUAUUUGACAAAAGUUGAUCAAAUGGCCAUUAUUCUUCGUUACUGCACAUUAACAGGUGUGAAAGAAAGACUUUUAGGAUUAUUUCCCAUUAAAGACCAUCAAGGCCAAUCUAUGUACAAAAUAUUAGAUGACUUUCUUGAAAAAAGUGAAUUAGACAUUAUGAACAUUAGGGGUCAAUCUUAUGACAACGCCUCAAACAUGAGUGGUCAAUUUAAAGGGCUUCAAGCUUAUGUCAAAAAUAAAAAUCCAUUAGCUGUGUUUAUACCUUGUACAGCUCAUUCGUUAAAUCUAGUUGGCUUAAAUAGUGUAAAUUGUUGUACAGAAGCUGUCAAUUUUUUUGAUUUUGUACAAAAAUUGUAUAACUUCUUUAGUGGGUCAACUCACAGGUGGAAUGUACUUAUUAACAUAUUGAAAAAAGAAGAAAAAAAUAGUGUUAAAAGAAAUUAUAGUCGAAUUCUUACACUUAAAUCCUUAAGUGACACUAGGUGGUCUUGUCAUGCAGAAGCUUGUAAAGCAAUAGUUGUAAAUUAUGAACAAAUUUUGACUGCGUUAAAAAGUAUGUAUGAUGGCGAAGAAAAUAAUGUUACAACUUUAGAUGCUAAAUCGUUAUGGAAGAAAAUGGUAAAAAGAGAAACUGCAUAUAUGUCAUUACUUUGGAAUGACAUCAUGGAAAGAAGUAACAAAACGUCAACUGAAUUACAACAUUCAAACUGUGACACAAUGAAGGCGAUCAACUUAUUAAAAUCACUGAAGUGUUAUGUGUUAAGUUUACGGGACUCAAAUUCAAUUUACGAAGAAAAAAUACCUAAUCUUAGUCCUGAAAUUAUCAUUUACUACUCAGAUGAAAAGCAAAGAAAAAAAAUUAAAAAAUUCCCUGAUGGUAGCAUAAACGAAGAAUUAUUAAAAGGAAAAAACAAAUUUCGUAACGAACUUGUACAAUUUAAAGAAUACUGGAAGCUUUGUCAACCUUCUUUUGAUCCAGCUGACAUUUCCAAAUUAUUUUCCUGGUUUGGUAAUCAAUCACUCGAAGAGGUUUUACCUUGUAUAUUUACUGCAUUAAAAAUAUAUUUGACAAUUCCUGUAGAUAAUUGUUCUGCGGAAAGAGCUUUUUCUAAAUUAACUAGAAUUAAAAAUAAGUAUAGAACUAGUCAAACCCAAGAAAACUUAGAUGUACAAAUGAUUUUAUAUUCUGAGAAUGAUUUGUUAAAAUCAUUAGACUUAAAUGAUGUACUAAAAGAGUUGGCUUCAAGUAAAGCAAGAAAAAAAAUUUAA